CAAAGUUGGGGAAAUAGAUAGGAACCUAACCUCUACUCCCCAAUGGAUAUAUAGGCAGACAACACAUGUCACAGCUAGGCACCUUUGCCCUGUGACAGUUGAUACCACUUCGAGUGAGGGCAGUUUGGUGGCGAGGUGCACGGGCCGUAUUUUUCGGUUUGGAAUUUCGAUAUUUUCUGAAUUUCGAUAAUUUCGGGAAUUUGGUUAUUUUUUUCAGAAAAUGACCAUCACUACGUCCCCCAACAGGGUCCAGUUUAUUUCUGGGGCAACCAAUCAACAGCACAUCUAUCAUCGAAUUUGAGAUCUCGGAUUUUACUAGACGAUUAGGUCUGUUACAGGAAGCUAUCAGCUCAACUCCCCGCUGUAACCUCGACACUUUCACCUCGGCGACCGACUGCCCUCCUCCUUGCAUCCGCCGGACCCAUCCCUCUUUCAGCCAUCCUCGAACGAGUAUCCCGUCACUCUUCAGUCGCACAUACCCAUCAUGGCCGCCCGUCUCCCCGCCAGCUUCAUCGGAAGCUUCCUCGCUCGCUCUACUCCCCGCCAGACCUGCCGCUUCACCCGCAGCGCCGUCACCACCACAAGAUGGUCCCAGCAGCUCCCCAGCAAGUCCAUCAGGGCCUACUCCUCCGAGGCAGCCCCGGCGCCCGCUCCUCUCUAUGCUAAGCUGAAGGGUGACCUCAAGACCGCCAUGCGCGCCAAGGAUGCCCCUCGCCUGGCCGUUUUGCGCGCCGUUCUUGCCGCUGUCCUCAACGCCAGCAAGACCUCCCAGCCGAUCGAGACCGACGCCCAGCUCGUUGCCCUCCUCCGCAAGACUGCCCGCGGUUACCAGGAGGCUGCUGACCAGUUCCGCGCCGCCGGCCGUGGUGACCUUGUCGAGAAGGAGGAGUCGCAGAUCCGUGUCCUCGAGGAAUACGUUGCCGGUAGCGGCGUCCAGUCUGUUGACGAGGCGGAGCUCAAGGAUGUGGUCCUGGCGGUUCAGUCGGAGCUGGCGGCCGAGGGUGUUGAUGCUAAGAUGGGCGAGGUUAUGAAGAAGCUUCUGGGUCCUGGCGGACGUCUCGAUGGCAAGGAUGUCGAGAAGACCACUGUUGCCAGGAUCGUCAAGGAGGUUAUGGGCACCAAGGCCUGAAUGGACUGCGGUGGACGAUAUUGAAGAAUCAUUCCCGGCUCAAUGCGGCUUUACGGAAACUCGGUUCGACUCGACUCCCUCUUUAUACAUGGAACUUGACAACCCACGAU